GUGUUGUUGUAGGUGGUGCCAUAGUAUUUAAAAAGAAAAGAAGGACGGUUCAGAUUUUUUCUCUCUCUCUUUUUUUUUUAUAUGUCAAAACCUCUUGCCACUGCUUUCCAAUCUCUCAAUAAAAAGUUGGCAUAUGAAACCCGAGUUUAUACACUUGGGCUUUAUCGAUCACUGUUACGAUCGAGUGAACAGUAUCGACAAAAUUCAAUAAAACAAGAAGUACGAGAAAAAUUUAAAAAGAAUAAGCACAAUACGUCUCGAUCUCAAGUCCUUUGUCUAUUGCAAGAAGCAGACAAGACACUUGACUAUUUAAAUAGAGGCAUAGCAGGCGAGAAAGAUGUAAGAGCAAAAAUUAACGAAUAUGUUCAAAAGUACAAUGUAAGUCUUGUAAGACACAAGGGCAUGAUAUAUACUCAGUUCUUUUCCUUUUAGCUGGACAAAAAGAACAAACCUAUGUCACAACCUCUUGGCGAGAAAAAGAAGCCUAAAAUGACAAAGAGAAAACCCUAUCAGACGGUUAUGACGACUCGAACUUCAUCUGGAUAUGAGUUUAAGCGUAUUCGAGGAUGGAGGCAGCCUGUAAAGACCUCCAUGAUGUUAAAAAACAGAGUCAAGACUAUACAAGGAAGAUUAGAUCGAUACUCUAUGUUUAAAUCACAACUAGGAAUGAUUCAAUCUGAACGUUUAUUUCUAGAGCAACUUGGUUGUUUACCCCAAGACAAACUCAAAGGAUAUGAAACAACAAUCAAGAUAGGGCUAGAAGAAAACAACAAAUUCAAUUUACAGAAAUCUCAACUUGAAGAUAAAUAAAACC